AUGCACUCGUCAGCGAUUGCCGGUGCAUGCGCAGGCCUCGUCUCGAGCGUGCUCACGUGUCCGCUGGAUGUAGUCAAGACACGACUCCAGGCACAAGAAGGUCGGCGUCGACCCACGGCCGUCUCUGCACCAAUAGCCGACGUCGCAGCAAUACCUUCGGUGGAGGCGCAACGAUACUUGGGCCUGCGCGGGACGCUUCGUAAGAUCUGGGCGGAUGAUGGCAUUCGUGGAUUCUACCGCGGAUUGGGACCGACGAUCUUUGGAUACUUGCCCACGUGGGCGAUUUACUUUAGCGUGUACGAUUCGUGCAAGACGAUCCUGGCGCGCGACGUGGCCGGAUCUGGGGAGGAAGACUUUGUGAACCACAUUGUGUCGGCCAUGACAGCUGGAGCUGCCAGCACCGUAUGCACAUCUCCACUAUGGGUGGUCAAGACACGCUUCAUGUUGCAAUCCUCCCGCUCUUCGGUUCAGCGAUACCGUCACACCGCCGAUGCAUUCGUGCAGAUCUAUCGCUCGGAAGGCCUACGUGGGUUCUACAAAGGACUUCUCCCAAGUCUGCUGGGUGUCUCUCAUGUGGCGGUGCAGUUUCCGCUGUACGAAAGCUUCAAAAGCCUCGCACGGGAUCGAGUGGGGAGGGACGACUUGACGGCCGCCGAGAUUUUGACCUGCAGUAGUAGCGCCAAGAUGAUCGCGAGCGUUACAACGUACCCGCACGAAGUGCUGCGCACCAGGUUGCAAAUGCAACCGAGGGGCGAGGGAAGAACCUACUCGGGCGUAUGGCAAGCGUGCAAAACCAUCGCGCGCGACGAAGGCGUCAGGGGAUUCUACAAGGGCAUGACCGUCAACCUCGUCCGCACAGUCCCAAGCUCGGCCUUGACAAUUCUGACGUACGAGUUGAUCAUGCAACACCUCACCCACCCCGACCCCGCAUAA